UGAAUGCGGCUGGGGAUGAUCUAGUGUCAUUAUGUUUGGGUUUAUUUCCCCUUUAGAGUGAGAGCUGUGUGUCUAGAAAGUCAAUGGCAACAAACUCCUCCCAGGGCAAGUCACGUGGGCAGGAUCAGUCUAUGGGACUCGGCAGAUUUCCCUUCAGACUGAGACGAGUCUCCACCGGCUUCAGAGUCGCGCGUCUCCCCAAUGUCGGAUCCCGAGUCGCAACGACCGAGUUGGACAUUCGGACUUUUCUCUCCCAAUCGGAAGAACCCGGAGAGGGAUGAAAAUACAAUGAAUUCCCGGUACGAGGUCGGGGGCCAGGCUAAUAGUUUCCAACUCAAGCGCGAGACACUGGUCUCCACCGACCCCCCGCGACCCGCCGUCAACUUGGAUCCCAGAGUUUCCAUCUACAGCGGUCGGCGACCCCUCCUCGCCCGCUCCAACAUCCAGGGCAGAGUUUAUAACUUCUUAGAGCGGCCCACCGGCUGGAAGUGUUUUGUCUAUCACUUCUCUGUAUUCCUCAUCGUGUUGAUAUGUCUAAUCUUCAGUGUACUUUCUACAAUACAACAGUAUAACAAUUUGGCUACAGAAACGUUAUUCUGGAUGGAAAUAGUUCUUGUGGUUUUCUUUGGGACAGAGUACGUGGUUCGGUUAUGGUCGGCCGGAUGUCGAAGCAAAUACGUGGGGGUAUGGGGCAGACUUCGAUUCGCUAGGAAACCCAUUUCUGUAAUAGAUCUAAUUGUAGUCGUGGCCUCGGUUAUAGUUCUUUGUGUUGGCUCCAAUGGCCAGGUCUUUGCAACGUCAGCAAUCAGGGGAAUCCGGUUCCUGCAGAUUUUACGAAUGUUGCAUGUGGAUCGCCAGGGUGGCACAUGGAGAUUACUGGGAUCUGUAGUUUUUAUUCACAGACAAGAACUGAUCACAACGUUAUACAUUGGAUUUCUGGGCUUGAUUUUCUCGUCCUACUUUGUUUAUCUUGCCGAAAAAGAUGCGAUUGAUAGUUCUGGAGAAUGCCAGUUUGGCAGUUAUGCUGAUGCACUUUGGUGGGGGGUGGUCACAGUUACAACCAUUGGUUAUGGAGACAAAGUUCCGCAGACAUGGAUCGGGAAAACCAUCGCUUCCUGUUUCUCUGUUUUUGCCAUUUCUUUCUUUGCCUUACCGGCGGGGAUCCUUGGUUCAGGUUUUGCCCUAAAAGUGCAGCAGAAGCAGAGACAGAAGCACUUUAAUCGCCAGAUCCCGGCAGCCGCAUCUCUCAUUCAGACAGCAUGGAGGUGCUAUGCAGCGGAAAAUCCUGAUUCGGCGACGUGGAAAAUUUACAUCCGGAAACAAUCGCGGAAUCAUCACAUUAUGUCGCCAAGCCCGAAGCCCAAAAAAUCCGCCAUGGUUAAAAAGAAGAAAAUUCGUACCGAAAGAGAUGAGGGUUCCACAGACAAAAUGCAAAACAUUCCGAAUAUUACGUAUGAUCACGUAGCCAACGAUAGGAAGAAUGAUGGUUACUCAGUGGAGGCAUAUGAGAAUACAGUAAGAAAACCCUUUGGAUUCUUAGAUGCCACUACUGGACCUUUUAUCAGAACAAGCAGUUUUACUGAUGACCUGGACAUGGAAGGGGACACUCUCCUCACCCCAAUAACUCACAUCUCAGAGCUCAAAGAACAUCACCGCGCCGCAAUAAAAGUCAUUCGACGGAUGCAAUAUUUUGUCGGAAAGAAAAAAUUCCAGCAAGCAAGAAACCCGUACGAUGUGCGUGAUGUUAUCGAGCAGUAUUCACAAGGUCACCUGAACCUGAUGGUCAGAAUCAAGGAACUGCAGAGAAGAUUAGAUCAGUCACUUGGAAAGCCUUCCCUCUUCCUCUCUGUAUCAGAUAAAGUGAAAGACAAAGGAAACAAUUCAAUAGGUUCCAGGUUAAACCGCGUUGAAGACAAGGUGACUCACAUGGACCACAAGAUAAAUCUUAUCACUGAUAUGCUUCACCAUCUGAUAACAAACCAGCAGGGAUCUCAGUCCGCCCGAACUCCUCAUCAGAGCAACUCUUUGAAUUCUGAGAACCACCCUUCCCGCAACACCCUUCCCACCUACGAACAGCUGACCGUGCUGAGGCCAACUCCGGACAAUAUAUCUUGAUGAAUGGACCGCUACUUUUUUUUGGAAUCUUUAACCAUAAAACUGGGAUAACUACUGUACUCAAGUAGAUAUUCAUUUCUUUAAUGGACACAUUUCAAAUGGUUUGAAAAAAAAAAAACCCGCAAAUGAACAAUGUAAUGUGACUGCACUUCCAAUACAUUAAAGAGGGUAACGAGCUAUUUACAUAGACAUCAACUCCAACAUUUUGUAGGCCCCGAGUAGAAGAUUUUUUUUUUUUUGGAGGACGACAAUGAGAUUUCCAAUCAGAUAGAGCUUGGCUUCAUUUGGUAGCACAGCCUUCAGUCAUAAGGUUUUUAUCCUGGUUGGUUGAUGCCAUUGAGUCCAUUCGCUAGUGCAGCGCAAAGGAUUCUGGUAUAGGAAAUGGCCGUUAGUCACCGUAGCCAAUGGGUGCCUAGAAAACUAAAGCCAGUGGCUAUAACUUUGGGGAAGCACAACACUGAUAGAGGGGAAAAUCCUUUAUUGCUAUGAAGCAGCGAGGAACUUAUAAAGUGACGCCUUUCAAGUG